CGCUCGUGCACGUCGCUCACGCUUUCAGGCUCGCGCACGGCCGCGCGUUCACGCCGCGUAUCCAGAGCGAGCGAGAGCAAGUCUUCAUCAUCAUCAUCCCCAUCAGAGCUCCAUUCAAUUUCUGGCCAGACGCUGACCAACUUACGAGCUACAACAAUGGCCUCUGGUGUGAAAGUCACGGACGAAGUGAUCGCAGUCUUCAAUGACAUGAAGGUGCGCAAGGCCCAGGCCAACGAGGAGGAGAAGCGGAGGAGGAAGAAGGCCAUCCUCUUCUGCAUGAGCAAGGACCUGAAGAACAUCGUGCUGGACGAUGGCAAGGAGAUCCUGCUGGGCGACCUGGGCACCACUGUGCAGGACCCCUACCAGCACUUCGUCAAGAUGCUGCCGCCCGACGACUGCCGCUACGCCCUCUACGACGCCACCUACGAGACCAAAGAGACCAAGAAGGAGGACCUGGUCUUCAUCUUUUGGGCUCCUGAUGGUGCCUCCCUCAAGAGCAAGAUGAUCUAUGCCAGCUCAAAAGAUGCCAUCAAGAGAAAGUUUGAAGGUAUCAAGCACGAGUGGCAGGUGAACGGUUUGGAAGACCUGAAAGAUCGGCACACCUUGGCAGAAAAACUGGGCGGUGGUUCGGUAGUCAGCCUGGAGGGAUGCCCUAUAUAAAUAAAUAUUGCCCCGCACCCUGACCCCAGCCCCCUCACCAAAUCCCCUCCCCUUCUUUCUGGCUUCAUUGGAGGCCUUUCAGACGCAUCUAUCGGGUUUAGCUGUUUGUUCCAGUGUGUUUUGGAGAAGGGUAAAACAAAAUAAAAAAAGCAAAAGAAAAAUAAGAACCAGCAGUUUGUGGGACUAUCAGGUCGGCUGGCAUAUUGUGGGAGUGGGAGGGGGUGCCAGUGGCAGUAAACAAAAGGUGAUAAUUCCAAAAUACAAACUGUCAUUCCAGUUAAAGUAUAUGAACACACAAAGGUGAAAAUGUAAAGAUAGAAUUGAUUGAAGGAUGAUGUGAUGACUUAAAGAUAUGGGGAGUGUGUAACAUUUUGAAUGGGACACAACAAAUGUUAGAUUUCCAACCAUUCUCGCUUUUUAUUUCAACUACUUUUUUUUUUUUUGCCAAACUUGUAGUUAAGUUUUGUAACUGUAGUUGAAAUCAGGCUUAGUGUAAACUAAUUCACUCUGAAUUGCACAAGACGUAUCAAACAUUCUCUUGGGGAACAUGGUUUAAUAUUAUUUAAUAUUUUUUCUGUUUUGAACAUGCAAAAUUCCAAAAUUAAGUGGUUCCUGUAGUUUUAUUUUUUUAACUUCCUGUUCUGACAAAGGCAUUUGAAUUCACACUUUCCUCUUACCCUUUUUUUUUUUUUUUUUUUUUUUUUUUUUUUUUUUUUGUCUUGUCAAACCAGACCUCCUCAUUGGGAAAGAAAAAAAAAAUGUUGGCGUUAUGAAGGUCUUGAUGGAGAGUGACGUGUAAAUGAAACACCAGUCGGAGUUGAGACUGAAUAUUGAAUGGUGGCUGUUUUGUAUCGUCUCCUAUCUCUAAUUAAAAAAAAAUAAAAAAAUAAAAAGCACUAAACUAC